AUGGAGGACUUCCAUGAAAACAGAUGGUAUGCAAGGGAUGUGAUGAGGCAGGCCAUCACCCACUUGGAUUUGAGUCUGGCAAGGGAUAUCAAUGAUAAAUACAUCAGCAGGAAAAGGAAGAUUAGGGAAAGUGUGGAGCCAUUGUUGAAGCAGACAGGUGUCCUGGUGGUGGAAGACACAGUGAAGGUGGAAUUAGUGAAUGCCUUCUUUGCCUUAGUCUUUACUUUUGGGGCUGUCCUUCAGGAAUCCCAGAUCUCAAAGAUAAGGGAGGAAGACUGGAGAAAAGAGGACUUGCUCCUGGUCAUAGAGGGUUCAGUUAAAGGUCAGCUAGACAGACUUAAUGCCCAUAAGUCUACAGGCUCCAAUGGGAUAGUCCCAUGGAUGCUGAGGAGAGAUUACAUAGCUCAUGAAGUGUCGCCACAGAAACCUAAACCAUCUGAAAAGCAUGUCAAGAGACAUGAGAAUAUGGAUUUGACCUCCACUUUUACCUCCUCCUACACUAUGUCUCAAGUAUCUUCAUGUCUCUCCUGGAGGAUGAGGCGACAUAUCCCCAGGACCAAGAUGGAUAGAAGAACCACUUACAAAGAUGACUGUGUGUUACUGAAUGAACAGACAGAGCAGAUCAGACCAAAUAAUAGGUUUACCCCAUCAAAAGAGAAAUUUUACCAGAGAACCAUUGUCCAGAACAACUGUUUUUACAGGGGACUGGUUGCCACUCAAAGCUGUAAACCUCUGAAUCUGGGCUAGAAAAGCAAGGCUCCCUUUGAGUACAUAAUCAAUUACAGAAUGAAUUAUGUGCCAACUCCUCUGGUGAAACAUUAUGUCCAUAAAAUUCAGAAAUACAAGCUCAAUUAUGUUUCAUUUGAUGGCCUCACUACACACAAAUUUUCUUACCGGGGUGGGCUGGCAGCCAACCAAGCUUCCAAAACCAUACCAGACAAAGCCAGUCCCUGUCUUCCUUUAUCCACUACAACUGAAUUUCAGGAAAAACACAAAACUUGACUACAGUCUUCUGUAUUCACUGGAAAACCUGUUGGAUAUCUUCCUCCUCUGGAGAAAAUGGACCUUCACACCACUACUUGGACACAUUUGAAGCACCCAAAUGAAAAGCCAGCCAAGAUGUGUCAACCUUUGGCCUAGUUUAAUAAAAUUACUGAGCCAUUUAAUAGCUCUUCUAUAGUGAAGGAAGACUAUAAGCCUUGGCUAUGAAAUAGACUAAUACCUAUCACUCAUGCUCCGACUUUCCCAGCAAAACCAAUAGAUUUCUUGGCUACGUUUUGGACCCAUCAUGGGCCUCAUCUCACAGGUAUGUAAACCUAUUAACCCGUCUGGUCAGGCCUAAAGCAUCACACUCUCCUAGAUGCUAAAACAACCUACGCUGCCAGUUACACACCAAAGGGCUUUGUUAGAUGCCUGGCCCCUUACAAAGACCCACCCAGUUACAUCUUUGAGAAAACUGAUGCUGACAGCUUGAUUUUGUUUGGUAUGUUCUUUUAA